CGUAAGUGCUGAGAAAUAACAGUGUAACCGGAUCGUCCGAUCGCGAAUGUUGUCCGUUUAUUAAUAAUUACUUCAUGUGCGUAUUUUAUGUGUUUCACGUGAAAUGACGCUUGACUUGAAAAAACUCACUCUAUUAGUUUGCUUGAUCGUGGCCAUUAUUUUAGGUGUCACAGGCGUAUAUAAAUACGGACCAAGUAGCCUUGUGGAACAAGAUGCCGCAGUCACCGAAUCCGGACGAUUUGCAGACCCUUCACUUAAAUAUGUUGCCGUGAUAUUUCGUCAUGGGGAUCGAACUCCAGUAUUUAGUUACAAAACAGAUAUCAACGCGAAUGCUUUUCCCGAAGAAAAAGGAGAUUUAACAAAGAAAGGAAAACAGCACAUGUAUCAAAAAGGAAAAUUUUUUCGACGUUUAUACAAUGGAUUCAUAAGUGAUUUGUACUUGGACAGUGAGAUAAUUAUCAAAACUACCAAAAUGAAACGAACAUUCAUGUCAGCAGCAUUGGUUUUAGCUGGAAUGUAUCCUCCAAAAGAUUAUCAAAAAUGGUCGGAAUUGGAAACAGUAUGGCAACCUAUACCGAUUUCCAAUGACUCACCGGAGAACAUAUCACUCUAUGACAGCAAGAAAACAUGUCCAUCACUUUAUAAGGAAGUUCAAAAGGUGUUUCCUAAAUUAAAGAGUCGUGAAAACGAGCCCCAAAUAUCAGAGUUACUCUCAUAUUUGUCGGAAAAAUGUGGAAAACAAAUUACGACUGAAAAUUUACCACUACUAUACGAUCUAUUUUUAAGUCAGAUGGCCAACGGUUUACAACUACCAGAAUGGAUCAAACCUAAUCAUAUUCAAACAAUCGAAUCAAUCGUGUCAUCCAAAGAAAUUUUAAGAUUUAUAUAUCUAAAUAAAAAAAUACAAACAUUGUACAUAGCACCUCUGCUAAAAGAAAUAAGCUUGAACAUGGAAUUACGAUCAAAUGACUCCAACUUGAAAUCAACAAGAAAAAUGCAUCUUUAUUCAGGGCAUGAUAACACCGUAAUGACGGCUUCGGGUUAUCUUCAUAGUGAUAUUAUCGGAUCUGUUUAUUUUGGUGCAUCACUACAUUUUCAUUUAUACUUUGAUAAUACGAAUGGAUAUACUAUAAAGUUAUUCUACUAUGGUCGAUGGGACGAUGAAAAAGGAGAAGAAGUUCCAAUUCCGAGUUGUGGUAAUCCUUGCAAAUUACAAGACUUUACAACAUUUAUAAAUGAAAUUUUCUCCCCAGAAUGGGGAAAAGAAUGUCAGGAUGUAUAAAUUUAAUAACAUACAUUUUGCAUAAUUAUAUACAAAAUAAUGUGUUAUACCAACAAAAUACUUAUAUUGUGUCAUAUGAAAAUUUUCUUAUCUUCCUCGAUUCUAAAAUUGUAAGUUUUGUUCUUAAAUAGUUCGUAACUUAUUAUUGUGUGUAAUUUAUUAUUUAGUAACAAUUAAUAAUUCAUUAUUAUAUAAGGAACUGGAAGAAAUUAAUUAAGCUUGUAAAGCAGACUGGUGUGCAGUGCGUAUUGUGCACGUGCCAAACUCGGUUGAAUGUUUGUAUUACAUAAAGGAAGGUCAAAACCCAAA